CCCCCUCCCCCCAUUUGUUUAUUACUUCUCUCACUCCCCACUCUCUGCUCCACAGUCUUAUGAACUCUCUACUCUUCUCCUAAUAAACUCUCUUACCUCCUACUGUGACCCUUCCACUCUCUCAAAUCUGAAUCUCUCUCUCUCUCUCUACCUUUCUAUAUCUUUUAAAGGAAGAGAGAGAAGGAUGCCUCGGCCAGGUCCCAGGCCUUACGAGUGCGUGAGGAGGGCGUGGCACAGCGAUAGGCACCAACCCAUGAGAGGUUCUCUCAUCCAAGAAAUUUUCAGGGUUGUGAAUGAGUGUCACAGUUCCUCCACCAGGAAGAACAAGGAGUGGCAGGAGAAGCUCCCCGUCGUUGUUUUGAAAGCAGAGGAAAUCAUGUAUUCCAAAGCCAAUUCUGAGGCUGAGUAUAUGGAUCCUAAGACUCUGUGGGAGAGGAUGAAUGAUGCAGUGAACACCAUGAUUCGGAGGGACGAGAGCACCGAGACGGGGAAUCUUUUGCAGCCGUGUAUCGAAGCUGCCCUUAACUUGGGUUGCACUCCUAGAAGAACCUCACGCAGCCAGCAGCAUUCACAGCGUCAAAUUAAUAGUAGUAGUAAUAAUAAUUCAAGAUGCUAUUUAACAACUACCUCUGGAGCCCCCCGACUACGAGUUUUGGAUAGCACAACCACCAACACCACCACCUCUAUUGUUUCCCCAAUAAUUAUUGUUAGUGGCAAUGAGAAAAAUUAUGAUGCCUCUUUGCUCCCCCUUCACACCAAUCAACCCACCCACAUCAACCACCCACAGCCUCAGCAGCAGUUUUACUCCUCCUCCUCCUCCUCCACCUCCACCUCCUCCUCCUUAAGCACUACCACCCAUUUGGCUCCUGAAUCCUUUUAUGAGCACACUUACGUAAACGCACCCAUCUCUUCUUCUUUGGGAUGCCCCCUCACAACAAUGUAUGAAGAAACUCAUUUGCAUGAGAUGAAUACCUCGACCGCUCCCCCUCUGUUUCCCUUGUAUUUUGGACUUACCCCUCCACCUCAACCUUCACCUCCAAUUUUACAAGCCUUGUAUCCCUUCCAAGAUGCCAACCGUAUUCCAAACACAUCUCAUCAUCAAUCAUCAGAGGCUUUGGAACUAGAAUUACUAAAGUCAUCAACAAGUGACCUACUCAGAUGCAGGGGAAAUGAUGAUGACGUUGAUGACGAGGGAGAUUGUUCCUCUCCUACCAAAGCCAAUCGAGAUGGAGCUUCUUCUGAGAACCCACCAUCAGUUGGAGGAGGUACUAGUGGUGAUUAUUACGACCUUUCACUACGUUUGGGACCGUCUUUAGUAGACAUGGAAGGUGAUGAUAGAGGGCCAGCUGAUGAUUCUCAAGAACGAAGCAAGGACCCCAAUCUUUCAUCGUGCACAUCAGGACUGAGAAUCUUUGACAACUCUCCAUCAUGGCAAAGAGGUGCUGCGAUCCAUUUGUUUCCUCCCGAGGACUCUGCUAAUGAUGCCUUGGAAUCCUGCUCCAGCAGAUGGAACUCAAAAGGAGAUGAUAAUGGGCUACUGAAUUUCAAAGGAAAUGAUGAUGGGCUGCCUCUGGCCUUGGAGGCAAUACUCAACAAUAGGAAGCGUAGGGCACCUGAUUGGUCUAAUUCUCCUUCUGCUAAUUGAAUGUUUUGUCCUUGAAGGGAAAUUGAUGUUGUCUGUUGCUGUUGUAGUAAGUUUUUAUCACGAAUCAGCUAUUUUGUUAUAUUAUUUCUGUUGAUGUCAAUUGAUUGUGCAGCCUUGCAAGAUAAGAAAUGAUCAACGAAAGCCAAGUUUUGUUUUUUAUAUUGUCAUUUCUAACGGCAUUUAAGAUGCAGUAUAUAA